UCACACUUGCUGCACGUCACUUCACAUCACCUCACACUUCACUCUUGCUUCAUAUUUCACACGUUUCUAUCUAAUUCAUGUUUGUCCGGUAAUGAAUUGGGCACUCACUGUAAUCUAAUCUACAACCAUCUAUAUAAGAAGCAGAAGCUGGACUAAUAGAGAAGUAAAAGAAGCUCACAAAGAGAUCUGCAUUAAGAUGGAUCACGAUCAUGGUGAGGGAGUGAAUGAGUUAUUUCAGGUUCAGUGUCAUUUGUAUAAACACAUCUUUGGCUUCAUUGAUUCCAUGUCAAUAAAGUGUGCAGUUCAGCUAGGCAUUCCUGACAUAAUCCACAAUCAUGGCCAACCAAUUACUUUCCCAGAGUUAGUCUCUAAGCUUCAUAUUCACCCCAAAAAAACCUGUUGCCUGCACAGGCUUAUGCGUCUAUUGGUGCACUCUGGCUUCUUCACUAAAACAAAAAUUCAUGAAAAUCAAGAAAAAGAAGAAGAAGCCUAUACUCUCACGCUUCUUUCUAGGUUCAUCCUCAAAGAUAAGGUCACCAACUUGUCCCCGUUUAUUCUAGCACUGCUUGAUCCAGUUCUUGUAAGUCCAUGGCAGUUCUUGGGAGAUUGGUUUCAGGGGAGUGAGCUCACACCCUUUGAGAAAGCGCAUGGGAUGGGUUUCUGGGACUUUUGCGACCAAAGUCCAGAAUUCAAUACCAUUUUUAAUGAAGCAAUGGCUAGUGAUUCCAAACAAAUGAGCUUGGUCGUUAAGGACUACAGUCCCAUUUUUGAGGGUUUAGGUUCAUUGGUUGAUGUUGGAGGUGGUACUGGAAUAGUGGCAAGGAUUAUUUCUGAGGCAUUCCCUCACACGAAAUACACUGUGUUUGACCUCCCACAUGUGGUUGCCAACUUGCCAGAUAAUGAAAAUUUGAAAUAUGUUGGCGGCGAUAUGUUUCAGUAUAUACCUCCUGCAGAUGCCGUUCUAAUCAAGUGUAUUUUGCAUGAUUGGAGUGAUGAGGAAUGUGUCAACAUAUUGAAAAUAUGCAAAGAGGCUAUUACAAGCAAAGGUAAGGAAGGAAAGGUAAUUAUCAUAGACAUGGUGAUAAAUCAGGAGAAAGACGAACAUGAUGUUACCACAUCAAAGCUCCACUUUGAUGCACUGAUGAUGGUUUUCGUAACUGGAAAAGAGAGAGACAAGAAAGAAUGGGAAAAGCUGUUCUUGGAGGCCGGCUUUAGCCACUACAAAAUUGUGUCAUCAUUUGGCAUGAAGUCCCUCAUUGAGGUUUAUCCUUGAGAGAUAAACAAGUGCCUCUAUAUAUAUAUAUAUAUAUAUAUAUAUAAUCAGGUACCUAUAUAUAUGUUAAACUUGCAAAGACUGUUCACAAAUAAUUAUUGUGUGCUAAGCCUAAUGCUUCAGAAUAAUAAUGCUUGUGAGCAUAGGAGGAAUCGAACUAUUA